AUGGCGGAACCGGAGCCGAAACCCUGCCAACGGGCGCCGGUUCGGGUCGGAUUUUACGACAUCGAGCGCACUUUGGGGAAAGGUAACUUCGCUGUGGUGAAGAUGGCGAGACACCGGAUCACCAAGUCGGAGGUGGCCAUAAAGAUCAUAGAUAAGACCCAGCUGGAUGCUGCAAACCUAGAGAAGAUCUACAGGGAGGUGGAGAUCAUGAAGUUGCUGGACCAUCCGCAUAUCAUCAAGCUUUACCAGGUAAUGGAGACCAAGAAUAUGCUCUACUUGGUCACUGAGUAUGCCAACAAUGGGGAGAUCUUUGAUUACCUGGCUAGCCACGGGCGGUUGAGUGAGGCAGAAGCACGGAGAAAGUUCUGGCAGAUCCUGUCAGCCGUGGAGUACUGCCACGAGCGCAGCAUUGUUCAUCGAGACCUGAAGGCUGAGAACCUGCUGCUCGAUGCAAACAUGAACAUCAAGAUUGCAGACUUUGGCUUUGGGAACUUCUUCCAGCCAGGGCAACCUCUAACCACAUGGUGUGGCAGCCCACCUUACGCCGCUCCCGAGGUGUUUGAAGGGCAAAAAUAUGAAGGUCCGCAGCUGGACAUUUGGAGUAUGGGGGUGGUCUUAUAUGUGCUGGUGUGUGGCGCGUUACCAUUUGAUGGUCCCAGCCUGCCUGUUUUGAGACAGAGAGUCCUCGAAGGCCGUUUCCGCAUCCCUUACUUCAUGACUGAGGACUGCGAACACCUGAUCCGGAGGAUGUUAGUCCUUGACCCAGCCAAGAGGUUGGCACUAAACCAGAUUCGUCAGCACCGCUGGAUGGUGCAGGAGGUACCAUCACCAAAGCCUCAGCUCAACCGACAGGGCGUGGGAGAGCAUAGUGAGCAGGUCCUUCGUCUCAUGCACAACCUCGGCAUCGAUCAGCACAAGACCAUAGAGUCUCUCCAGAACAAAAGCUACAAUCAUUUUGCUGCCAUCUACUACCUGCUGGUGGAACGACUCAAAGCCCACAGAAGCAGUUUCCCUGUGGAACAGCGGCUCAAUGGUGCCCAGCGGCGGCCAAGCAUUGUGGCUGAUCAGACUGUCCUAAAGGCUUCUGUUCCAGCUCUGCAGGCCACGCGCCACCUGCGUUCACCCAUUCUUCUGCAGACCUCCACUGAGACUUUCAGUUUCACACAAAGCACUGCUUCUCCAGAGCAGGCCCUAAUGGAGGAGGAGGAGGUGGCCACUCCCAAGGUGGAUGGCUGUCUGCUGGAGUCUCUGCCCCCUGUUGUGGUGCGUAAUGCCAGUGGUUCGUUUUCAGGCACUGUCUCAGACUCAUCCAUCGAUGAAGGAAUUGAGGCUGAAGACGAACAGAGCAUCCACUUAAGCCAGUGUGGACAAACACUGUCCGAGGGCACCAGCCAACUGGGCACAGUGUCUGCCACAGGGAAGCUCCUCUCCAUGGCUUUGAACCCAUCUCUAGGCAGCAUGGACUCUGAAUACGAUCUGGGCUCCACACGCAGUGACCUCAGCCUGGCCGAGGAUCCUUCACCCCAUGGAGGCAUGCCAACAGCGAUGCCUGUCAGUCAAGCAGAUCCCACCUUCCCCUGCUUGAAACCUUCUAAUCCCAGCCCCCAGGCCUUGAGCUCAGAGGAGCAUAAGGCUCAUAAUCAUUCAUCAGUCAGCUUUCGUGAAGGACGACGAGCGUCAGACACUUCUCUCACACAAGGUCUGGUAGUGUUCCGGCAGCACCUCCAAAAUCUUGCCAGGACCAAAGGAAUUCUGGAGUUGAACAAAACCCAAGUGGCGCUGGGAUCCAGAGAUGGAGACACCAAUUUCCAGCCUAAAAACCUGGAGCUUCAACAGCAGGGAGAAGCUCAUCAAUGUCGUAGUGGAAAGGACACAGCAGUGUUUUCAACUAAAAUGCACCCCUAUCUGCUGUCUAGACGGCAGUCGCUAGAAACCCAGUGUCUUGCUCAGAGGCUGCAGAGGGCUAGUCUGCUGGUCAGUGGUGCUGGCAGUGGGCAGAUGUUCUGUAAGGAUCCUACACCUCGUACACUGGAGCAGCAACUACAGGAAUACAGACUCCAGCAGAAAAGGCUCCAUCUACAGAAGCAGUCUCCUCUGCAGGCCUACUUCCACCAGACUCAGCUGUCAGAGGACCGGUACCCAACCGUGCAGGAUCACGCUGAUGCCUCCCUCACCAGCCCAACUUUCUCCCGAACACCUCAGACCCUCAGCCCACUCCUGGAGCCUGGCACCCCCUACCCAGAGAUGCACUCUGUGCCCUCAGACUGUGAGACGAUGGAGGCUCAACAAGGAGGCUGUGUUCUGGUCAAAUGAAGCUCUUCCCUUUCUAGCCA